AUGAAGAAUAUUCAGAGCAUAAAAGACUUAAUAUUGAAUGCAUUCGUUUAAGAUUAGUCUCUAUUCCAUAUUAUUUCACAAGAUCAACUUCAUUAUGUCUAGAGAGUACUUGAACUAAAAUCUUCUAGAGAGUAAUCUAGUAAAGCAGCUAAGCCAUGUAGUAGCAUUGUUGGCAAUUUAAUUGGCCAAGAUGAGACUUAAUAAUUCAAAUACAAAUUAAUGUUGAGUUUCAAUAACAUUGGCAAUCUCGAGGAGAAAUUCCUCUUCUAUGAAGAUAAAAUCAUGAAUGAAACAGCUUACAAACUGUAGAUCGAAAAAUUUGAGAAGCUAAUCAAAGAUGAAGAGUUUAGAAGAAGAUAAAUCCUAAUGCUUUAAAGCGCUUUGUUUUCCUCCAAAGAGAAAAAUAAAUACAAAAUUUAAGAAGAUUCAUAGUCUUCAAGUAAAGUUAGGAUUGCCAAUAGAAUAGAUUUAUACAUUGAAUGGAUGAAUAAAAUAAGAAAAAAUACAUGA